CGUCGACGUCAUGGCUCGACGGCAUGCGCGGCUGGGCCAGCUUCUUCGUCUACUUCCGCCACUUCUCGAGCGCGACGCACCCCAACCUUUUGUACGGCUACGGCGCCAACCGCUUGAACAUGUGGAUCGUCCAGCUUCCCUUUCUGAGGCUGAUCGUGGCCGGCCCGGCCAUGGUCAGCCUGUUCUUCAUCGUCUCCGGAUACUCGCUCAGCUGGGCCCCGCUCAAGGCUCUACACGCGAGGGAGGGGGGCGGCGCUGAGGCGGCGCUGCUCCGACUGAGCUCCGCGACCUUCAGACGGGCCGCACGCCUCUUUCUCCCCGCCGUCGUGAGCUCGUUCUUGAUCAUGUGGUGCGUCUUGUUCGGGCUCUACGAUCGCGGCCAGCUGGCGUUUACCGUCAAGGACAUGCCCGGCUAUCGGGAACCGCAGCCUCCGCUCCUUCGCACGCUUCCGUGGCACGUGCAGUUCAAGGACUGGAUGCGCGCCACGUGGGCCUUCUUGAACGUCUGGGCGCCGUCGAAGCACACGUACGACGUGCAUCUGUGGACGCUGUCGGUCGAGUUCCGAUGCUCGAUCGUGCUGUUCGCCGCCUUGGUCGCCUUCGUGCGCUGUAGGCCUUUGGUCAGGGCCGUACUGCUCUUCGCCAUGGUCGUGUACUGCCACUACUCAGACUACUGGCAGGGCUGGCUCUUCUUCGCCGGCUCGUUCCUGGCCCAGCUCAAAUUCAUCCAAGAAGACGGCAGAGCCGCGGCGUCGGCAGCUUCGCCUGGCGCGGCCCUGCUGCCCACCGCCGGCGCGGUGGCGGUCGAGAACCAUGUCAUCUCGCUGCAAGAAAAGCCGCUCCCGCAGCCGCAGCCGACGCUCUCGACCGCGUUCCAGCGCCUGUCCUGGCCGGACGUGCUCCGCGUCCUCUGCUUCACCCUGGGCCUGUUCCUGCUCUCCGCACCGGACUACAACUUCUCCCACACGGCGCCGGGCUACAUCUGGCUCUCCCAGACCCUGCCGCCGCCGACCUGGCCGGAGAACUGGCGCAUCCUUCACUGCCUGGGCUCCUUCUUUGCCGUGUACGCCGUCUCGUCGACCAACACGCACCUGCUGCGCUGGCUGUUCAGCAACGCCCUCAGUCGGUACCUCGGCCGCAUUUCUUACGCGCUUUACCUCGUCCACGGGCCUGUCGUGCACAUGCUGGGCUUCUGGCUCGUGCCCUGGUUCUGGGAUCUGCUCGGGGCGCGGGAUCCGGCCACGGGGGCUAUCAAGAGCAUGUCUGGCAAGGAGGCCGGCUUCGCGGCCGCGUUUCUCAUCGUCACUGCCGUCGUCGUGUGGGCUGCCGACGUGUUUUGGAGAUGUGUGGAUGCGCGGUGCGUGCAGCUCGCAAAAUGGGUCGAGGCGAACCUGGCGGCUCUAUGAUACGAAAAUGGUUUUUGUUUUCUUUUUCCGUUUUCACUUUCUCUCUUGGGAAAAUAAUGUAUGACUACGAUGCAUAGCGAAGGUGUUUUAAGGAGAGCCGGUUUAAUACUGCGGCCACGCUUAGAGACUCGAUAGCUACUUCACUCGCUCCCGUCUCUGCUGUGGGAGCCUCGUGAGUUUCUUUCCGCGAACUACGCUG